UAUUUCGCACGUAGCUAACAAUGGCGUCAAUGACGUCAGCGCGUGUUUGUAGCUCAUCUCGCUCGUGCGAAACUAACAACACAAACAACACAAGAAAGGAAAGAAGUGAGGGUAAUGUCACUGAAUAAAUUUCUGGGUUAUUGGCUAACUAGUAGGACAAAAUGCUGAACGAUUUAGUUGUCUAGUUAGUGAAAUAGUUACUAUUAGCGACCGCCUGUAAAAUGAACCAGUUAUCUUUCUGAAUGAAGGCAGGAAACAGAAACCUUUAAUCUGUUAUCAAGGAUGUGGAGGUACAAGCAGCCUGACUUUGCCCUGCAUCUCCUUUGUGAACUGCAGAAACAGCAGCAAUGCAGCCUGCACUGUGAUACACUUCUGCAGACAGAGGGUGUCUCUAUUCCUGCCCAUAGCUGUGUGUUGUCUGCCCUCAGCCCAGUUUUUUAUAGAGCCUUUGCCAAUGCUCCUUCACUUCCAGUGGGCCAGAGUAGACUAGUACAGCUGGAAGCAGUAGGGGCUCAUGCCCUGAUGAAGCUGGUUGGGUUCAUAUACUCAGGUGAGAUGGGGGGAGAAAGCUUGGAUGAACAGCAGCAAGUGAUUGACAUUGCUUACAGGCUGGGAUUCAGUAACUUUAUGGAAGGGAAGCAAAAACAGGUGAACUGGCAUCAGAAUAAAAGUGCAAGUUGGAGGGAGAUUGGACUGCAGACAGAAGAGACAGGAGGGAGAAGGAAAGAUGCAAGCAUACAGAUCCUGUCCAGAAAACAGAACUUUUCUCAUUCAGGCACUCUGACAGACAGCACUGAAGCUCACUUUGCAGACACAUCAGAGCCAGAGAUGUCUAUAGACCUGCCUGAUGAAUUAACUGAUGUACCUAGUGAAUAUAACAGCAUUUCUCCAGAUGCUGGUCUUCCCUGGAUAGAUGAGCUUGUUGCUCACUCUGUGUCGAACAGCAGGUUGGUUAGAGUGCACGCCAAACGUCAGCAAAGUCAAAAGCAGAAGAAAAGAGCAAAAAUUUCAAAGAAGGGAGACACACAGAUCUCACUGAAGAUUAAACUCAAGAGGCAGAGGAGUGGGGCAUUGUGGGAGAUUGCUAGUGUCCAAGAGGAGAGUGCAGUUGAUGGAUCAAAAACUUGUGGAUCUUCUGAUGACCCACCAACGACGCACAGUCUUGCUGAGACCCAUAAGGGCUCUGUAGAAGUCCAGCUGAGCCCCUGCUGUCAGAAUCUUGAAACUGUCACGCUCACACCUUCCUCAGAGCUGACCACGCCUCCUCCUGCUACACCCACUAGGCCCCCUUCAGAGCACUUUUGUCACCAUACCACUGAUCCCGUUCCUCUCUCUGCCCCUUUACAAAUGCCACCUCCAUCACCUGGUUUGUCACAGCCCGAGGAGUCCGAUGAACAUAUUGCAAAGCUGUUAGAGACGGUCACAGUGGGUUUAAACAUCUUGCCCUCGGUCACAGCGGAGGGGAACAGCAGCAUGCAUGCGCAGCUGGAUCAAAAAUCGGAGAAGUGUGCAGCUGUAGCUAAUUCACCAGCUUCAUAUCUUUGUUUGCUUGGCCAUAAUCUAGGAGCUAUGGGAUCUGGAACAACAUCAGGCACUUCUGAACAAAGAGAAGCAGGGUCUGUGGACCUAUCUAAUUGCAAAAAAUGGGAUCUAGAGAAUGUUGCCUCAGUAGCAAGUUGCCCAACAUCAUUUUCCUAUACCUCUCCAUGUAUGACACAAAAGAUAAAUAUUGAUUCAUCAUUUACAAAGCCAUGCCCCGAAACAAACAUUGUGCCAUCUAAACGUACUUUUAUUACCGAAGGUCUUGAGCAUCAAAAUGUAGUUGAGUUGAAGACUGUAUAUAAUCAUUUCAUUUUGGGGGCAGAUACUUCUGCACAGUCAGGGAAGCAGACUGUGAGUGAUGCCAGUGAAGAUGCCUGUGAUCUACCAACUCAAAUCCCAAGAAGUAAUGCAGCACAGGAUGAUCCCACACCAGUAGGAAAACAGUGUCCAGACCAGCUUCAUGUAACAGAUAAGGUGUCAGUCUGGCAAUCAUUAGAUGUUGGUCAAGCCCCCAAUUCUGAUAAUUGGGCUGAUUUCAGUGAGAUGAGGCUCCCAAGAUGUCUUUCACCUCUUAUGUCAGACGCAGACGAAACAACUGGUAUUUCUCCACAAGAUCCUUUAGGACCACUGGAAUUUUCUUCAUGCCUUUCUGCAUCACAUGUCAACCUCCAGCCCGCAUUGAGAUACACGUCGUCUCCAAUUCAACCACAAGCACUUCCUGGCAAAACUAUCCAACAGAAUCCAUCAUGUACUACUCUACAUGUAAAUGAGAUACAUUGUUCAGUGGUAGGGAAGAACUCAUGCCCUUUAAGAUCAAAUAGAGAUCACAAUGGAGAGGCCAGUGAGUGUAAAUCAAAUGAGAAAAAGACAAAAAUGCCAGAUUUUGAGAACAAACUGCUUAAGGGGACAGAAGACAGCAUACUGAACAGAAAGAUGAAUGACUCAGUAGUCAGAGGAAUAUCUACAGCAAGGAACAUUGUUGAAACUGUUAAUGAGCCUUGCAGAAAAAAAGCAAAGAUGGCUGGUUACCCAAAUGGAGUUGAUACACAAAUAGUGAAUCCCUACAGUGUGAAGAUAAAGAAUAUAAGACCAGUUGAUAACAUGCAAGACAUUCGCAGCCCUGUAACCGCUGAGAAAAUGGAUUGCCUGAAGGCUGCCAAGACAGGGAAAACAGUGUCAGAAGAUCUGAAAUCUCCAGAGAACCUGGCACUCUGCCAGAUAGGUCAGCCUUUCAAGUGUAAAGGUCAAGGGAAAUGCCAAAAAGAUGCUUGGGAUACAAAACAAUCUGCCUCUUUGGUGGCAAAACAUGGAUGUGGGAGGCCCCUUCAAAAAAGAACAUGCACUAAAGCCCUAAUGGGAAACUUAAGCAAAAUAAGUAAACUUAACAGUUCAUCUGCAGUCCUUAAUGAUUCACCGUCUCCCAGCCAUCAUGACUUACAGUUAACACAAAUGAACAAGGAGCGUGUACCAAAACAUGAGAGUGGGAGGGCCACUAAAGUACAACAACGUCCUUUAAAGGAUUUAAUCAACGAAUGUGAAAAGAGUAAAGUACCAGUAACAGAACUGGAAAAUCCCUUCGUAGAACCUAAAAAAGUCUUUUCAGAUGUGAACCUGAACAGAGAAGAAAACAACCGGACCAAAAGGUAUGCUAGCCUCGCUAUGAAAACGAGUUUUUGUGAUAAGAUUUUCCAUCAGAGUGUUUUCAGUCUAGACACCACUGUCACUCAUCAAUUAAGAUCGAUUUUGCAGAAAACUGAUGGAAAAAUUAGGACUAGUCUACUUCCAAGUCUCCUCUUUAAGAGGCACAGAGAACCUCCAGAGCCUGAUCACAUGAGUACCAAGUUAAUGACGGACAACAAAAAACAGGAAAAGAGAAAUACAACUGAAGAGAUUGCGAUAGAGAGAGGUGUACCAGGGACGGAUAAACCUGAUGAAGUUGUAGACAAGAGAGUGGAUUCAAAAAAACAAGUUGAAAGUUCAUCCAAAAAUGUGAAAAGAUGUUUGGCGAAUGUAAACUUUGUAAAAGAAGCUAAGAUUACUCUGAAUACUGGUUUAUCCAUUCAUGAGGCUGUUGAUCUGAAUGCUGCUUCUCAUUUGUGUACAGUUCCACCAGCAACGGAUUUUAACAUACAUUUUGGGGUGGAAACUAACAUGCAGCAUGAAUCAACUACAACAUUACUCCAACGUUUUACACCUGAAAACAUGAUGGAGAAUCCAACAACAGAUGAACACGUUAUAGAAAGUCUUUCUAAUGAGCCAACAGAAGUAAACUUAAUCAAGACCAAAGAGCUACAUCUUGAAGGGACUGUGAGCACUCAAAUUGUUAAUCUGGAAAGACAAGAAGAUUGUAACAAGGAGAAAGUAAAGAAGAAUGCAAUAAAGAAAACAGAUCAUAUAGAAAUCAGUAGAAUUAAUGAAUCUGAAGCUGGGAUAAGUGAUAUUGAGGUGGAUGUGAUGGAUAAGAGUGCUCAGCUUGCUACAGGUCAUGGAGAUGAAGUAGUUGCUACAAGGGCAAACACUGAUAAUGUUGAUGUAGAGGAAAACCAAUUGUCUGUUGAGGUGACUAAUGAUGCAGAAGCACUUGCUCACGAGGAAGAAUUCAGUGGACAGCAGGUUCUAAGGACUGAAGCGGAAGUCAUGCCACCAGAUGAAGCUACAGUUGAGAUUACUUCAGAAAUGAUAAAUACUGAAGCAUCCUCUAUUCAACGUGGAGAGGAGUCUGACCUCAGCAGCUCCUCAGUCACUACCUUAGGUACAUCAGCAGUGUUUCUGCCUGAUGUGAGCACUGAGUCAGCAGAGGACUGCAGCAGUACUGAAGAGGAGCUUGUUGUGGAUGACAUAUCUGACGCUUCUGUUCAGCCAUUCACUGUAGUUGGUACUGAGUGCAACACUAUUCAGGAAGAUGAGGAAGAAGUAAGAGGCAUGGAGGAGGAAGAAGAGGUUGAUGUGACUGGAGAGGAAUCCAAUUGAACUUUUCUUACACUUUGCAAGCAUCAAAAUCUUUUCCUAAAUGUUUUACUCAGUUUACCAAAAAAGAUUAGCACUUGUAAAUUUCUGUUUAUUUUUUCAGGUAUUUUUGUUAUUGUUAAGAUUAUUUAUAUUUAUUUAAAAGCGUAAUUUAUGCAGAUAGGUGCUGACAAGUGCUUUAGUUGGAUUAAUUCAUUUGUGUGCAUUUUUUUCCUGCACUAAAAAAAGACCAAUAACUGUACAUUAUUUUUGUUUGUCUCUUGUUUAGGUAAUUAAGUAAAGCCUACAGUUUGCGGAAAAGAUAUUUCUCAUAUUGAAUGAGCAAUCAUUAUUUUAGAUUAUUAAGGCGCAGCAGUGCAGUGGGUCCAUGGUCUUGGUUUCAAUCCUGAGUUUAGUUAUUGUCUACAUGGUAUUUUGCACAUUCUCCCUGUGUGUUUGUGGGUUUCCUCUGGGUUCUCAGAUUUCCUCCUGCUGUCAUUACUUUGUUUGGCUACACUGGUCUAGCUACACCCCUAUGUGUGAAUGAGUGUGUUGAUGUGUGUGAGUGGUUCCCUGUGAAGGACUGGUGUCCAAUCCACUGGGAAAAUCUCCUGCCUUGUGCCCAGUGUUAUCAGGAUAGACUCUGAAUCCACCUUGACCGUGACCAGGAUAAAGCAGUUCCUAAAGAUGAAUUUAUUGAGUAUAUUAUAUAAAAUGUAUUAAAAUUACAUCAGCCUACUUUACAUGGAGACCUUACACUAUGGAAGUCACAGGGUGGCACCUGCCUGCCCUUGGGCAAAAUUAUAUCAAUGUGUCAUAUCACUUUUAAAGG